AUGUCUUUUCUAGGAGGCUUCCGUCCCUCUUCGCGCAGCUCCCACCACAAAUCCCAAAAUCAAUCCUCCCAAUUCUCUACCCACCAAAACAUAAGGAGCACCGCUACCCUCGAUUCGCAGUCACAAGUUCCACCUCGUUCUUCCAGAGGCAUGGCUGGCGUCUUGGAUAUAGAGAGGUCGCGCACCCGCCGCGAGAGGACCUUCAUUGGCAGCGAGUGCGCCGUUUGCGAAGAGCCUCUCGAGCACACCCUACGGGGAGAGCGUAUCUUGCAGCUCUCCUGCGGGCACGUCUCCCACGAGGCGUGCUUUUACGAGUACAUUCGCGAAUUUGAGUCACAUCAUUGCCCAACGUGCAAUGCAACAUUAGGGCUGGACACCAGUCGGGGCGGCAACGUGCUCGACCUCGAGAAACUGAGCACAAUAGUCCGUUCCGUGCAGAACGACUCUAGCCAAGGCAGCCACAGGAGUAACCAGAACACCCCAACGCCGUGGGACCACCAGACCAUCUCAGAAUCGCAUGCACCACAAUCCCAUGGUCGACCGCGGGGUGACAGCGACUUGAGCAGCCACUAUCAACAAUCACAUCCUCGACAGCGGGACAGCAGCCACAGCCGGGACCGAGCCUCAGACCGGAUGGGAUCAAUGUCACGGCAACAUUUGAGGAGCGAUAGUGGCGCGACAGGUGUGGCUUCCUCUGGCGACUAUGCCGCGACCAACGACGGAAGGCGGCACGAUUAUGAUCUCCAGUCCAUGGAGACCACCCUGAGCAGCCCGCGUGGCGGUUUGAGGAGUCCGAUCCCCCCACCCACCGUCACCGUUCGAAGCGAGUUCCCCACGCUCAGCCGCUCUCGACAGCAACAGAGCUUGACGUGCCUGGUCACCGUUGAAGUCGUGGAUGGCAAGUGGAGGCCCGAUCCUGAGGACAUGAGAGCGGCGCCGCCACUCCCAUCCAUCGCCAGCGCCACGGAAAGCUUCCAACGCCCCAAGUCGCCGGUGCGCAACAGGCACUUCGAACCCCCUUACGAAUCCGCCGAGGCACUGGACGAAAUCACAGAAGAUCUACACUCGCGCGUCGACAACUGGCACGGCCUCGAUUUCUCCCGCUUUGGAAAACUGCGCCUGAACGGCCAGGUCCGCGUCGGCAAGGACCGACAAACCUGGCAGGAGUUGGACUGCUAUCUGUUCUCGGAGAUGCUCAUCUGCGUGAAGGAGAAGAAGGGCCAGCAGCAACAGGCUUCGCAAUGGGAUGGCGCGGAAAUGACCAAUCGCAAGCCAAAGUGCACGCUCAAGGGAUCCAUUCUCAUCAAGAAGCAUCUCAACCAGGUGGAACAUUCUCCCGACGAGGCCAUCCUCACCUUGAGCCUCUCCGUCGCCGAGCUUCCCGCUUUCCAUUUGAAGUUCGACAACCGAAGCCAAUUGGAGCUCUGGAGGCGUGCACUGAUGGAUAUUCGCAUGGACUUCCCAAACCCCCAUCGCAUGCCCGAUUACGACCACGACAACUCAGGCACCGAAGACGAGGACUAUCGCGUGUCGCGCCCCAAGCGCGUCUCUUCAGUAAACUCAUCUGCCUAUGGGGCCGCCCGAUCGACCGUCACCGCCCCCACCGAAUAUUCCAAUUCUCGUGCCGGCCCAAUCGAACCCCGACCCUCAGCAUCCAUCCACGUGCCUGUUGACAUCGUCGUUGUCAUUCCGGUUUCUUCCUCCAUGCAAGGCCUGAAGAUUAAUUUGCUCCGCGACACUCUCAAGUUUCUCGUCAACAAUUUGGGGGAGCGAGACCGCAUGGGAUUGGUCACAUUUGGCUCCAGCGGAGGAGGCGUCCCCAUCGUUAGCAUGACAAGUAAGGCGUGGAGGGAUUGGCCAAAGGUCCUCGACUCCAUCCGACCCGUUGGACAGAAGAGCCUCCGCGCCGAUGUCGUCGAGGGUGCCAACGUCGCCAUGGACAUCCUCAUGCAGCGGAAGUCUAGCAAUCCGUUGUCCAGCAUCCUUUUGAUCAGCGACUCCACAACAUCCGAUGCCGAGAGCGUCGAUUUCGUCGUCUCUCGUGCUGAGGCCGCAAAGGUUUCCAUCCACUCGUUCGGACUGGGCCUGACACACAAGCCCGAUACAAUGAUCGAGCUCUCAACCCGCACCAAAGCCUCCUACACCUAUGUCAAAGACUGGAUGAUGCUGCGAGAGUGCGUCGCUGGCUGCUUGGGUUCUCUCCAGACCAUUUCGCACCAGAACGUGAAGCUCAAGCUGCGAUUGCCCGAAGGUUCUCCUGCGAAGUUCGUUAAGAUCAGUGGGGCAUUGCAAAUCACGAAACGCGCUACUGGACGAGAUGCCGAAGCCUCACUUGGAGAUUUGCGCUUCGGCGACAAGAGAGAUAUCCUUGUGCAACUGGCGAUCUCGCCUGACACCGCCUCGCCGGAGCAGCUCCCGCAAGAUCCUUGGGAGACAAUCGUUUCAGGCUUAGAAGCUCUCGGCGGGCCGUUGGACCAGGACGAGUCACGCAGCCUCAGCGUCGAGGAAGUCCCUCUGAUCCAGGCUGACCUCACCUACGGUGAUAUACUCCGGGAAGGAUCGAUCUCACAUCUCCCUCGCCCCUCGCUAUUGGCCAUCACCAUCUUGCCCUCGGUAUCGAAGAAGAACGCAUCUGGUCGACCCCCGACGCCACCCAUCCCGCCACACCCCCAUGUCGUCCAACGACGCAUGGAAUUGCUCACAUCUGACAUGUUGACACGAGCGCUGACGCUUGUCUCGCGUGGUCAGCACGAAAGAGCGCACCAUCUGCUGAAAGAGACGCGCAGUAUCUUGAAGGGACUAGGAAAGGGAGGACUGCCGCCUCUACCGCCACCACCUUCUCGUCGCAAUGACGGCAGCGGCUCGGCCAGCAGCACCAGCCAGAACUCCCCCACCGUCGCCAGCGCUGAUCGUCCACGCACUCCCUCGCCUCAUGCCGAGAAUCCCUUCCAACCCGCAGCAGGAAUCGAUGCCACGACGAUGCACGCACUUGACGCAGAGUUGGAGUCCAGUUUGGAAUGGAUCAACCAUCCCGCCGUGUUUGGCCGGGAUUCGCGCAAGGCAGUGCUGCAAGCAAUCGGAGUCAUCAGCUCGCAGCGGGCUUAUACUUUCCGAACUCCAUCGGAAGCUCUCUGGGCUGAUCGCAUCUCUGGUGUCAAGCGUCUCUCUGGUCGAUCACGAGACUGGCGCGAGACUGGUGACGACCAGGCACUCAUGGAGGAAAAUUAA